AUGCGUCGCUCUCAUCCCACCGCCUUCGUCAUCAAAAAGCGCGACAGCUGUGCUGUCUGCAACAACAUCGCACCCUGCCCCGCCUGCCCCGCCGGUCAGCAAUGCCAACAGAUCUUCCGCUCUUCUUGCCAAGACUGUCCCGUCAACAAAUGCGUCCCCAUUCCAGGUUACACCGCUCACAAGAGCUCCAACAGCUCCGCGCUCGGAGGUGGGCUCGCCGCGCUCUUCAUCGUCGCCAUCGCAGCCGGUGUCGGGUUUUGGCUCUGGAAGCGACUCCAAGCUAAACGUCGUCGAGCUCUGCACGAAAAAGCCAUGGAGCGACGCGAGAAGCUGAGGAAUGAAAAGGAGACCAUGACGCUUCAACUCGGUGCCAAGAAGUCUGAUCCGAACUCGUUCGCCCUCGUCGACGAGGACGAGUUGGACAACGAUACCGAAUAUACCCAGGUCACCGGCGUCUUGAACAACGACAAAGAGGGUUUGGGCUCGCUGGCCGAGCCCACCGCUUUCAGGAGGAGGUCGUUCGGUGCUGCUACGCAUCUGUCGAGGAUUACGGAGGGCGCCGAGGAGGAAGAAGAUGAUUCCGUGUCGCAGGCUGGUGGAAUUGCCAACGGCAAACGCAACACAGUCGGAUCAGUGCAGUCGAACGGUAAAUCGUUUGCGAGCGGCGCUGGGCCACGCGUCAGUAUUGGUUCUGGCACGAGCUUUGGCUCUCCCAACAUCAUUCCGAUCGCUUUCAAGCCUUAUACCCCUUCCACUCACUCUGGCGCCGCCGACGAUGCUGCCAAAGAAGGAUCUUUGGCCGACUACCAGUCCAUCUCGCCCCUCGUCCUCCCCUCCACAGCCCAUCGUGCGACCGGCGCACCCGCGAUCCAAGUCAACACCUCACGUCAAGGUCCCGUCCGCCCCACCCGCGCACCCGACCUCAACCUCCGCCUGCCCGACUCCAACCGUCCUCACCAGCCCACCACAUCCUCGCCUCUCUCCACCUCCCAACCCAACCCCGCACCCAACGCUUACGAGUUCAUGUCGAUCGACCCGGUCGAAACGCUCAAAUCCUCCUCUUCCCACCCUUACACCCCCUCCAACCGUCCGCUCUCCGGCGCCACGAUCAACACGAUCAACUCGACCCACUCCACCAGCCUCUCGUACGUCCUCUCUGCACCGCAGGUCAUCACCCCCGUCAGCGCAGAGGGCGUUCGUCGCGUGCAGCUCGGCAACGGCGGAAAAGCUCAACUGGUCAAAGUCUCCAGUGUCAAACGCAAACCUGCCCCCACCGCGGCUGAUCCUUUCCGCGACCCAACCGAGGUGGAGGAGGAUGGUGAGCUCGCUCCCCCUCCCUCCAACCGUUUCGGGGGUGAUAGGUCGAGCACGCAUUCAACGAGUACCUUGGGCAUUCCGUUCGGCGAGAACCCGUUCGGGACGAUCCAGCCGCCGGCGGAUCAGACCAGCCCAAGCGAUGCCGAGGAGAGAAGCUCCUGGUUGACGACCAACAAGGAUCCGUUCCAGGAUCCGAGGCCAAGCGAUGCUGGAAGCGCGAAAGUGGGGGAAGAAGAACCGAGGGUCAGCAUUGGAGGGUUGAGUCUGUUGGAGAAGUUUCCGUUUGACUUCAGUCGAGACGAGGAAAAUUUGCCCGGAGAUGCGUUGAGUAGGGUAGAGCAGUUCAAGUGA